AUGGGUGCCAUCAUCAGUUGUUGCUGUUAUUGUUGUGAUAGAGAAUCAAAGAAAUACAAUGAAACUUAUCAACCGACAAAUGUAAUUGAUACAACUUCCAAAGCAUAUGACAAUAAAGUUCAUGUUUCCGAAAUUUACGGGAUUAAUAGUGAUGUUGAACUUGCUCCAUCUGAUAAUCCAAAAACAUCAACAUAUUUCCAGUCGAUUAUACAUCCACCGAAAGAGCUUGUACAACAAUCAAAUUCAGCAUCAGCUCAGUCCAAAACAAAUGAAGUAUUACCCGAAUCAUCGAAUUCUCGCGAUAAUGCUACGCAUUUGUCUAUGAAUCUAAAGUUGCAUCGAACAGCAUUAGAUUCCUCGUCUUCACUUUCACCUACUCCACCACGAUGUCAAACUGAUACAAAUCGUCCAGCAGCGACACAUAAAUCACUCAAACAUUCGAAUUCAUGUUCGACGAUUUACGUCGAUGACUCAACGGUUUCACAACCGAAUUGGAAAGCAAUGAUCAAAUGUGUUAGUAUUGCUAUACAUUCACAUAUUCUACAUAGAAAAUCAAAUAAAACAAUGGAGAUAUUCGAUGAAAAACUUCAUCCAUUAAGUAAAGAACUGCUACCGGAUGAUUAUGAUAUACGAAUACCUGAACAAAACACCAUUUAUCGUUUUAUGCGUGUUCUUUUCACUGCUGCACAAUUAACCGCCGAAUGUGCUAUUGUUACAUUGGUUUAUCUCGAACGUGUUUUGAGUUAUGGCGAACUUGAUCUAUGUCCAUCGAAUUGGAAACGACUUGUGCUGGGAGCGGUCAUGUUAGCAUCAAAAGUAUGGGACGACCAAGCAGUAUGGAAUGUUGACUUCUGUCAAAUUUUGAAGGACAUUACUGUUAAUGCAAUGAAUGAAUUAGAACGUGAAUAUGUUCAACUUCUUCAGUUCAAUGUUAAUGUUGCUUCAUCUAUAUAUGCUAAAUAUUAUUUUGAUUUACGACAAAUAGCAAAAGAGAAUCAAAUAUCAUUUCCCGAUGAACUACUAACGAAAGAAAAAGCAAUCAAACUUGAAGCUCUGUCAAUGAUUAAUAAUCGUCUUCAACAACCAUCAUCGAGCUCCAUGUUAGCUUCAAAUCAAUCGAAUUCAUCACAAAAUCAUACGAAUUCCAAUCAAGUAUCUUCCCAACAGCAAUCAUCAGCAUUAUCCUAUUUAACAUUACGACGAUCAGCAAGUGUCGAAUUUACACAAUCGCAACGCAAAUCACUUCUUAUUAUAUCUUAG